CUUUGAUGGUUGAUAACAACGGCCCACCCACCUUCCCGAGGAUGACCAUUGCCCAGCACGCCAGUUUUUAUAUUUCUUUGAGAUGAUGAGUUAGCUCCAUCGCCACUCAACCGAAAUUGAAGAAGUGAAAGAAGGAAGACUUCCUUCUUCCUUUAUCGACUUCCUAUUAGUUCUUUACAUAUAAAUUUAUUGCUUUAUCCUUUAAAGAUUGCGGAGUAGGCAUUGGGAAAGUAGGAGAGAGAGAAGAGAAUUGUGGGUUUGCUGCAAUUCUCCUCUGAGAGCACCCCCAGGUCAACUUUACCCCCCCACCCCCCACAAUUCUCUUUCUCUGAGAGCAGAUUCUUGGUGGGUUCUUGGAGAAUUUUCUGGUUGCAGAUAGGAUCUGUCUUUAUCUGGAGGAGAGGAGAGAAUAGUGACUAACACAAAGGCGUGUUUGGGUAGAUGGAUUGUUGGUGGAGCUGGGACAGACAGAGAGCCUAUGACUUGUUUCCAGGGGAGCAACCUCACACAUUUACUCUCCCCUCACCUCUUCCCCAGUGGCCUCAAGGUGAUGGUUUUGCUGAGGGAAGAAUAUGCCUAGGGGAGAUCGAAGUGGUCCAAAUCACUCAGUUUGAAAAAAUAUGGAGUUGCAAGCCAUCAUUUGGGAAAUCAAACAGCGUGACAUUUUAUCAGCCGGUUGAUGUUCCGGAAGGUUUCUCUGUUCUUGGUCAUUACUGUCAGCCUGAUGGGAAGCAGUUGAGUGGCUAUGUUCUUGCCGCCCGAGAUUUCUCCAGCGUACAACCUUCUGGAUCAAGCCUUCCUCCUCUAGAGAAACCUCUUAGCUACACAUUGGUUUGGACUAUGGACGGUUCUUCUUGUAAUGGCUCGGGUUACAUUUGGCUUCCAAAUGCACCAGAUGGGUAUUUACCGACAGGCUUUUUGGUCACUGCUGAGCCCGAUGAACCUGAUCUUGAAGACAUUCGAUGUGUCCGUGCUGAUCUUACCGAAACUGUGGAAGCAUGUUCUUUGAUAUUUACCACUAAAUCAAUUUUCUCCAAGAAGCAAUUUCAGGUCUGGACAACAAGACCCUGCAAGAGGGGGGUGUCCUGUAAGGGCGUUUCAAUUGGAACAUUCUUUUGUGGCACAAAUGUCAGCUCAGACAAUGAUCUUAGCAUUGCUUGCUUGAAAAACAUGGACUCUACCCUACACGCAAUGCCAAACCUUGAUCAGAUCCAUGCCCUCAUCCAGGAAUAUGGUCCAACAGUCUAUUUCCAUCCCAAUGAGGUUUAUCUCCCUUCAUCCGUUUCGUGGUUCUUCACUAAUGGGGCCCUCCUAUACAAAGAUGGAAAAAAUAAUGGUAUAGCCAUCGACUCCAUGGGGUCAAACCUCCCAGCUGGCGGUGCAAAUGACGGGGAAUUCUGGCUUGAUUUGCCCGAUAACGAAGACAAGAGAGAUUUCGUCCGUUUUGGUAACAUCGAGAGUGCCGAGCUAUACGUUAAUGUGAAACCAGCUUUGGGUGGGACCCAUACUGAUAUUGUGAUGUGGGUGUUUUGCCCCUUCAACGGGCCCGCCACCCUUAAAGUAGGGGUGAUGAGUUAUGAUAUGAACCGAAUAGGACAGCACGUGAGCGACUGGGAGCACUAUACGCUCCGAGUCAGCAACUUCUCAGGGGCGCUUUGGUCAUUGUAUUUCUCGGAACACAGCGGGGGUGAGUGGGUGCCCGCGGGCGAGUUGGAGUUUAUAAACGGGAACAAGCCGAUAGUGUACUCUUCAAGAAACGGGCAUGCCAGUUUCCCACACGCAGGCAGUUACAUCCAAGGGUCUUCAGUGCUUGGGAUAGGGGCGAAGAAUGAUUGUGAUCGAAGCAAACACUCGGUGGACUCGAGCUCGAGAUAUCAGAUAAUUGCAGCUGAAUAUCUUGGGGAGGGAGUUGUUGAGGAGCCUCAUUGGUUGCAGUUCAUGAGGGAGUGGGGCCCGACCGUUGAGUAUGGCUCGGCAUCUGAGGUGGAUAAGAUAAUCAACCACCUUCCGUUUUUUGUUAGGCUUUCGGUUGAGAGUCUGUUUGAAAUCUUCCCGACUGAGCUUUAUGGCGAGGAAGGGCCCACGGGUCCAAAAGAGAAGGACAAUUGGUUAGGGGAUGAAAGGUGUUGAUUAGGCCCCAAAGUGAAGGGGGGUGGUGUACUCUUAUGAUAAUAUGAAAGAUUUUCAUCAUGUCAUAUAGGUUUUGCUUGGAUUGAUCUGGUGGUCGGAAUUGAGGAGAUGUGAAUUGGAUUGGUGGAAAUUCACCUAAUAUAUCAAGAACUGAGAAAACCCUACAAUUCUCUCAUUCCUGAGAUUAUCCAGAUAUGGGCAUUACACCUCAUACUUAGGAAGUCGAUCCAAACAUGACCUUAUUACCUUUGUCAAUAGCUUAUGUAUAAAAUACUCUAGUAUUAAUGUAUACUCCGUAACUAGUAAGGAGUGUGUUAGAGUAAAUAGUCAUUUGGUUGUACGGACUACGGAGUACUUGAUUUGGGUAAUCCAAUAUAUAUCUAUUCCAUCCAUGUAUCUUUUUUUAUCAUCAAAAAAACUUUGUCACCCCCUCCUUCAAUUAAUUAAUUUAUGGCUCUUUUUA